AUGGCGUCAGAUGUGAAAAUUAAAGCCCGACAGUUCGCUCGUCAUCUUGCGACACUCGCGAUGUCGCGCUCGGAGGUCUCGGACUUCGCUCGCGGCGUCGUCCUCGGCGCGUCGACCGCGCUCGCGCUCGUCGAGGUGAUUCACAGGAUUGAGCGACGAGGCUGGGGCGGUGGCGUGACGAAGCUGUUGGCGAAAAUCAUGGGCGCGUCGAUCGCGUCGUCCGCGCGUGAGGACGCGCGCGGAGAGAAGGAGUCGAUGAUCGCACGACUAGGGUUGAUCCCACACCCCGAGGGUGGGUUCUUCGUCGAGACGUAUCGAACCGGGUGCGCGCCGAUGACAAGUCGUGGGAAGACGGCGUUCGACAGAGAGACGAAGCGCGAAGAUGGAUGCGCAACUAGUCGGCGAACAGACGACGAGGAUCGAGGGACACGGAAUCACAUGACGAGCAUUUAUUACAUGCUCACCAGAGAGAGCGAUCAUCAGUGGUGGGCGCUGAAUGAGAGCGAUCAUGUGCACUAUCAUCACGCGGGCGGGGCGGUUACAUAUCACCUGGCGCGGUCGGACGGGACGUACGAGCGACGCGUUCUCGGACGAGACGUCGAGGCGGGACAGACGCCGCAGCUCGUGGUCAAGGGAGGGACGUUCAAGGCGGCCGUGCUCGAGCCCGGGACGGAGUACGCAAUCAUCGGAGAGGCAGUGAGCCCUGGGUUUGAUUUCCGAGACUUUCGAUUCGUCACUGCGGGUGAGCUCGCAGUGAGAAACGCCGCAUGCUUCGACGACAGCAGUCAUCUUAUCAAACCAGCGCCUGAGGAUACGUUCGAUCACUAUUACACCGGGGCGACGCCACCGCAGCAUUACUUCACACCCGAACGAGCCGAGGAGAGUUGA